UUAAAUAUUAUACACAAUAUCACAUACUGAUGCUGAUGGGUAGUAUAGACUCGAAAUCCUACCCAAGGGCUCAACAGACUUCAAAUGCUUUAUGUAAAUGGCUUGUGUUUAUUCACAUAUCUCCUCAGAACCAAUAUAUUUCAGAAGCAUAGACCUAUCAUCAUAAAAAUGUGGUUAAACAUCACUUAUGUGCUCUAAGUACAAUUAAGUCAGAACAGAACUCUACCAUUCGAUUUUUUUUUAAAGACGUAGAUCCUAACACAUUCCUAUGUUUUUUAAUCAACAGAUUAAUAUUAUUGGUCUUUCCCCCAAAGAUAUGGAAUGAAAAUUAGUGGGAGGUGGGGAGUUUGUUGUUAUAAAAACCAGAAAGGAAGAACCUAUGGCUGGACAGCAAAACCCUGAUUUAAUUUCAACAUCUGGUUUUCCACAUUAUAUAUAGGCAGUGGUGAUUCUGUGCCAUUUUUAUUCAGAUUUUUCCUCUCCUAGGGUUCUCUCAUCUUUGUUAUUAUUUGAAACUCUGAUCGUAGCUCUGGAUCUGAAUCUGUUCUUUUUUUCUCCCCAACUCGUUUCAAAACUUCUGUAAUUCAUUUGCUGUGAAGUCUAGAAUCUCUCUUGCGAGUGAGCUUACUGGGUGAGCCAAACUGCCAUGGAACAGGAUUGUUAGGAAGUCGAUAUGUUGCUAAGAAGUCUUGCUAAUUUGCUAUAUAAGCUGAAUGGAGUGUCAGAGAAUUUUCCUUUCCCCUGAUGAACUUAGGAGGUGUACGAUUUGACCUGUAUCAGUGAUUGUAUUUGGAUCGAUUACUUUAAGGUUACAAUUUUUUAUCCAUAUAUGAAUGUUGCACCUAAUUAUCCCUGUAAUCGGUUAAACAAAUGUCAGCUGUUCGUAUUUCAACUCUUUCUGCCAAUAACUGCUGGAAGUGAUUUAAUGCAGCUGGAGAAUAACACUGACAAUCAUUAUAGCCUGCAAAGUGUGAAAUAAUUUCAUUGCACUGUUGUGGUCUCUUUAGUCUGAGGACUGAUCAUGUUCAGUGGAUGACACUUGAAAAAAAAAAAGCCGGUUUUAUUAUAAUUAAGGAAAUAAUGGGAAAGGGGGGUGAGUCCACGGGCAGCUCAGUGCUGAUUAUCUGGCGAACUCUUUGCCGCCGAGAGCUUGUUUUUGUAAGAAGUCACUUUAAGUGUUGAAGGGAAAUGUUUUCAUCUAAACAGGAGGGUUGUGCUUCAUUCAGAUCUUUCCCCCCCAUCUGAUAAAAACCCUUGCUGAGUAACAGCACAGAUGUGGCUCAUUUGGGGAAAAUGAAGGAAGAGGAUAAAAACGCUGGGUGGAGCAGAGUAGUCAGCGAUGCUUCCCUUUUUCGCGGGCCCUUUUUCUUUUCUUUUCACUUACCUGAGCCACUCUGGGGUCCACUUUGAAGGCGCGAUGCCCUCGCCUCUUCCCAGGCGCAGUUACCUCCCCAGUGUGUUUUCUCCCUCGGUGGACUCCCGGCCCUGCAGCAGCCCUUCCGAGCUCCCCAGUAAGGCAGGGAAGCUCUUCCUGGGUGGCACUCCCCCCAGGGCCCCACGGCUACCACGCCGGCUGGCCUGGUGCUCCAUCGACUGGGAACAGGUGUGCCUCCUGCAGAGGCUGGGAGCUGGCGGGUUUGGCUCUGUGUACAAGGCGACUUACCACGGUGUUCCGGUGGCCAUAAAGCAAGUGAGCAAGUGCACCAAGAACCGACUGGCAUCCCAGCGCAGUUUCUGGGCUGAGCUCAACAUCGCAAGACUUCGGCACGAUAACAUCGUGCGGGUCGUGGCUGCCAGCACGCACACGCCUGCGGGCUUUAACAGCCUAGGCACCAUAAUCAUGGAGUUUGGUGGCAAUGUCACGUUACACCAAGCCAUAUAUGAUGCCGCCAGCUGCCCCGAGGAGGAGGGCGUGCAGCCUCACUGUUGUGCCGGAGAGCAACUAAAUCUGGAAAAGUGUCUAAAGUAUUCCCUAGAUAUUGUAAAUGGCUUGCUUUUCCUUCACUCGCAAAACAUCGUACACUUGGACCUGAAGCCGGCUAACAUUCUGAUCAGUGAGCAGGAUGUCUGCAAAAUUGGUGACUUUGGUUGCUCCGAGAAGCUGGAAGAUCUGCUGUGCUUCCAGACUCCUCCUUACCCCCUCGGGGGCACCUACACCCAUCGAGCCCCAGAGCUCCUCAAAGGAGAGACCCUAACGCCCAAAGCUGACAUCUAUUCCUUUGCCAUCACUCUCUGGCAAAUGGCUACCAAGGAGGCGCCUUACUCAGGCGAGCGGCAGUACGUGCUCUACGCGGUGGUGGCCUAUCAUCUCCGUCCGUCUCUGUCAGCAGCUGUCUUCACUGACUCCAUCUCUGGGAAAAGACUAGAGAAGAUCAUCCAAUGCUGUUGGAGGGCCUGUGCUUUGCAGCGGCCAAGUGCAGAACUCGUCCUGGUUGACCUUAACUCCUUACGAGCUGAAUUUGACUGACUCUUAACCUGUAUCCACAUAAGCUUUGUCUUUAUUUCUAUUCGUUUUUAA